GGGGCAGUGACUUCCGUGCAACAUCCUGCAGUAGGAGGGGCUCUGUUGCCGGAGUAACCAGGCGUCGGUGUCGGUGCUGGAGUCGUCCUGUCGGCUCAAAACCUCUUUCCCUCUGCUGACCUCCUGAGACUAUGAAUCACAGUGAAAGAUUCGUCUUCAUUACAGAGUGGUUUGAUCCGAACGCUUCGCUUUUUCGGCGUUAUGAGCUCCUGUAUUACCCAGGGGACGGGUCCGUGGAGAUGCACGACAUGAAGAAUCAUCGCACCUUCUUGAAGCGCACCAAGUACGAGGGUCUGCACCUGGAGGACUUAUUCAUCGGCAACAAAGUGAACAUCUUUUCUCGACAGCUGGUGCUCAUCGAUUACGGGGAUCAGUACACAGCCCGCCAGUUGGGCAGUCGGAAAGAAAAAACAUUAGCCCUGAUUAAACCAGAUGCAGUUUCCAAAGCCGGAGAAAUCAUUGAAAUGAUAAACAAAGCCGGAUUCACCAUCACCAAGCUCAGAAUGGCGCUGCUGUCCAGGAAAGAAGCAUCAGAUUUUCUUAUAGACCAUCAGUCGAGGCCCUUUUUAAAUGAGCUGAUCCAGUUUAUUACGAGUGGUCCUAUUAUCGCCAUGGAGAUUCUAAGGGACGACGCCAUAUGUGAGUGGAAGAGACUCCUCGGGACCGCCAACUCCGCGGUGGCGCGGGCGGACGCGCCCGGCAGCGUCCGCGCCCUCUUCGGAACCGACGGCAUCAGGAACGCGGCGCACGGCCCCGACUCCUUCGCUUGCGCUGCCAGAGAAAUGGAGUUGUUCUUCCCCUCCAGUGGGGUCUGCGGGCCGGCGAGCACGGCCAAAUUCACCAACUGCACCUGCUGCGUCGUCAAGCCCCACGCCAUCAGCGAAGGGCUGCUGGGGAAGAUCCUGACGGCCAUCCGGGACGCCGGCUUCGAGGUCUCGGCCAUGCAGAUGUUCAGCAUGGACCGCGCUAACGUCGAAGAGUUCUACGAGGUGUACAAAGGGGUGGUGUCUGAGUACAACGAGAUGGUGACAGAAAUGUAUUCUGGCCCUUGCGUAGCAAUGGAGAUUCAACAAACCAACCCUACAAAGACAUUUCGAGAAUUCUGUGGACCUGCUGAUCCUGAGAUCGCCCGGCACCUGCGCCCCGGGACCCUCCGAGCGACCUUCGGGAAGACGAAGGUCCAGAACGCCGUUCACUGCACCGACCUCCCCGAGGACGGGCUGCUAGAGGUUCAGUAUUUCUUCAAGAUCCUGGACAACUAGCAGCGCGGGGAGCCCGGGAGGCGGCCACGGGUCGGGGCGUUCGGACGCGAGCGAACCACGCACGUGAGGAAUGUGUUCAUUCUUUUAUUGUCCGUUGUUUUCACCUGACUGAAUACAAGGUCAACAAGAGCACUGCACUCCUGGCGAUCGUUACACAUGUUAGGACAUGGAGUUUGCACUGCAGACAACAUUUAACACCGGUCUGUGGGGCACUGCAUCGCUUUUUAUAAAGUCCAAAAUAAAGAUUUAUUUUUCAAACAAGUGACUUUGGUUUAUUUCAUACAUUACACUUUUUCUUGCAGAAAAAAAUAAAAUUGUACAACUGCAUAAAUAUAAAAUUCUUCCACCAUGAAAAUGGUUAAAACAUUCAUGAAGACACAGCACCAGCACGUGAUGCCUCCCGAGAAAGGAAGAAAGGAAAGGAAAGGAAAGGAAACGCACACAGCAAAUCAACUGGGCAAGCGCGACGGCCCCGGCCGGGGGCCGGCUCCCCGACGGCCCCGGACGACAAGGUGAGCGACAGCCGGACCGCGUCCGGGACCAAGCACAACAGGGCCCCUCGCCGUCCUGCGCGUCUCUGCAGUAACCCCGAAAACACAAAGGGCAGUUCCCCCGUGACCUCCCCGCACCCCCAGCCCCAGGGCGGGGAAGGGAAAAAAGAAAGACCGAACACCACAGGAAAGACUAUGGAGUGUGUUAAAAAUGCUCGUCGAUGGGUCGUCACCGUGGAAAGAGCCACCCCCCCCCACCACCCCGAGAAGUGCCAUGCCAGUGCCUCCCCUCGCGUAUGUACACCGCGGCGGCGAGCCGCGCGCACGGGAAGUAGAAAACAGACAGGAAACAUGGCUUGGAAGAGGGCCAGAGUGCGCACCUGUAGGACUACAACGAGAACACACACACACACGCAGCAACACCUAGGCGCCAGAGACACUGCUCACUACGCGUCGUCAUGGAAUCAUAAUUUACAGUAAAAAGGGCACGUCCCAAGGCUCAAUUUGUGUUUCUCUGUUGUCAUUUACAGUAGAAUAAAUAUUUUGUUGCUAUUGCUACACUUUAAAUUUACAUUCUAACCUAUGAGAUGCGGAAAGCUAGUGUAAAGCAGAUAGAUGAAGUGUAGGUCCCAUACGUAUGACAGUUUGUUCAAGACUAGUAGGUUUUUGUAUCUUUUUUUAACUUCCUAAAUGGCUAGUGGGGACGCGCUGCGCUCGCGAUCAGCUCCGGACCUCGAUCUUCACGUCGAAGCGCCCCUGAAAGCGGUCCUUCUCGCUGUACUGGAUGUU